AUGUCGGAUGAUCCUGACAUGAUUCGGAGGAUUGUGGAGAGCUUCUUGAGAGCGAGGUGGACGGAGCAGUUAGGUGAGGGGCAUCGAGUAGAGAUGUCGAUGCCUACUGUGAGGGUGUUAGAGGAGGAGAUUAGGGCGACAAUGCGGUCCCUUGUGGAGGACAAGAGGACCUUCAUUAUCCUGAUACCGAAGAGGCAGGAUGCUACUGAGCCGGGUCACUUCCGACCGAUCAGCCUGUGCACCACUUUGUACAAGGCAACGGCGAAGAUUCUUGCCAUCAGGUUGAGGGAUUUACUUCCGAGGUUGAUCAGUUCGGAGCUGGGUGCUUUCAUAGGUGGUUGGAGCAUCUCCGAGAAUGUACUGAUAGCACAGGAGUUCAUGUUCGAUAUGGGGAGGGCCCCAAUGAGGAGGAGCUUGAUGGGGGUCGAGCUUGAUAUGGGAGGGUCUAUGACAGGAUGCGGUGGAACUUUGUGCAUCAAUCUCUGCAGGUGUUUGGUUUUCCGGAGACAUGAAGGAUUAUGGGUUGUGUCAGGGCUCCUUCUUUUGCCAUCCUCGUGA